AUGACGGAAGGCAAGAAGACCGUCCUCAUCACCGGCUGCUCCGACGGCAGUCUCGGUUCUGCCCUCGCCCUCGCCUUCCACGCCGCGGGGUGGCGCGUCUUCGCCACCGCCCGCAACCCUGCCAAGCUCUCCGCCGUCCACGCCGCCGGCAUCGAGUGCGAGACCCUCGACGUGCAGGACGCCGCCUCGAUCACCGCCGCGGCAUCCCACGUCCGCGCCCUCACGGGCGGCUCCCUAGACGCCCUCGUCAACAACGCCGGCGUCGGGUACAGCAUGUCGGUAACCGACAGCUCGCUACCGCACAUCCACACCCUCUUCGAGCUAAACGUGUACUCCAUCAUCAGCGUGACGCGCGCCUUCCUCCCUUUACUCCUGCAAUCCACCGCCCGGCCGCUCAUCGCCAACAACACUUCGGCGAUGGGGCUGCUGGGGUGCGGUAUGCCGUUCCAGGGCGGAUAUUCCGCCUCGAAAGCAGCAGCGACGAGCCUGACCGAGGCGCUGCGCCUCGAGCUCGCCCCCUUCGGCAUCCGCGUGUGCAACAUCGUCACGGGCCGCGUCAGGUCGACCUUCUUCGACAACUCCAACGACGCCGUGCUGCCGCCCGAGUCGAUAUUCAACCUCGCCAAGGACGCCAUCGAGGACCCGAUGAACGGCCGCAACACCCCGAACAACCGCGAGGACCCCAACCACUGGGCCGCCAACGUCGUCCGCGACCUGAGCCAGCCCAACCCGCCGUACCUCGUCUGUCGAGGGGGGCUCGCUGGCUCGGGCCGCAUCGUGUCCUUCCUCCCGCUCGGGGCGCUGGAUUCGCAUUUCAAGAAGGCGUCGGGGCUAGACGUCCUGGACCAGAAGAUCCGGGAGCGCGGGGGGUGGGAGAAGAUGAGGGAGGCUAAUAAGACACAGAGUGGAUAG